AUGUUGGAGUUGGUUGUGAAUGCAGAUGACGUAAUUGAUCCAGAGGUAGAAAAGUUGGAGGCUUCACUUCCUGACGGCAAUAUUCUUCUUCUUGAAAAUGUGAGAUUUUACAAGGAGGAAGAAAAGAUUGCCCCUGACUUUUCAAAGAAACUCACCUCCUUAGCUGAGCUUUAUAUGAGUGAUGCUUUUGGGACUGCACAUCGAGCUCAUGCAUCAACUGAAGGGGUUACAAAAUUCUUGAAGCCACUUGUUGCAGGUUUCCUAUUGCAAAGGGAAAUUGCUGUUGUGGAUGAAUAUCUAAACUGCAGCUUGAAUUUGCUGGAGCUUUUCAUUUCCAUUGGUUCCUCUCUUGCAUAUCUUGGCCAAGCUCGGCUUCUUCUAGCUCAUGCUUUGAGCCUUGUGGAGAAUUUACUGUCUUCUGCAAUAGAGCAUCUGAAACCAACUAGACCAAGAAGUCUCGACAAGGAUUCGGGAAAGGUGAAACUAAGGAAGAUGGUAAAGAAAAGUUUUACUCUUGCAAGGAAUGGGUUAUUCAUGAAUCCUUAA